AUGCAUACUAGAAACUUUCAUCCCAAAGCAGCUGAACCAAAAUUAUUUAGAAUGUCAGGCUAUUAUCUUUUAAAUGAGCAUUUUCAGUGGAAAGUUUCAUUUUUGAGUGAUACCAACGGUCAAUUUGAACCUAAUUUAAGCUUACUACGAGAUCUAUCUGAAAAAUUUCGUAACACUACAAAGCAUGAAAUUCACAAAAUGCCAUGUUUUAUAGUGCUAAUUAAGUGUAAGAUGCAUUCCAUAGCAAGCUUAAAUGAGCUUUAA